AUGGCCAAAGAAGAGCAAAAAGAAAGUCAAGGCGACGCGAGUUUCUAUGAACUUGAUGACGAAAAGACUAUACUUUCUCUCAAACUACCUCAAAAUCUAUUGUCGGAAUGGUUUCAUGGACGCUCAAUAGCAUUAUUUAUUUGUUUGGAUAUUUCGGGCUCAAUGGCUGGCUCGGGAAUUCGUCAAGCAAAGCAAGCGAUAUUGACAUUGUUGGAAGGUGUUCUGACGACUGGCGCAUGCAAGGAAGAAGAGGUCACAUGCUUCUUUUUUAAUCAUGGAUGUCAAGAGGUUCCAUUUGCCGAUAAUCCAAGUUUACGUUGGGAAAAUGGUGGAAUCAAGGCAUAUUUUGAGAAUAUAGCUGCUACCGGAGGUACAAAUUUCAGUGCCGUUUAUGAAUCGAUCGUAAAACAUAUUUCCAAUGUAAAGACAGAUUUGGCUGUCAUAUUCUUUACUGACGGUCAAACAACACCAGUCUCUCAAGAGAAACAAGAUGCACUCGCCCAUGCACUUUCUCACUCGAAAUAUGGGACUGAGGUGCACACAGUCGGAUUCACUGGUGACCAUGAUGCAGUUAUUUUAUCAUGGCUCACAAAACUUGGAACAAAACAAGGAAAUUUCCAAUAUGUUAAAUCAUCGAGUGACAUCCCAAACACGAUGAAGACAACACUAGAACUAUUAGCAUUGGGAGAUAGAAAUGUCUUUGUGAAAAUAGGCGGCCAAGAACUACAAACAUCAUUUGAUAAUGAAGGUCGAGGCAGACUUGUACUCACGGGCGAGAACAAAAAUGUGCGCGACAAGAAAAUAACGAUUCUCAAAGAAAAAGAGGGCGUCAACACACACAUCGUCGACGCGCUUCGUGAGGUCAAUCAAAGUGAUCCGGAAGCAACGCUAUUGACAAUUCCGUUUAUACAACAUGAAAUCACCAGAUUGACGAAUGAAGUGGUGGCUAACUCUGAUGAGGACGGAGAUCGUGAGAAAUUGAAUGAAAUCGCGAAUGAAGCGGAAAAAUAUGAUGCGAAGUUGAAUGUUAUUCUUGAGAAUGCUUUCAAGAUUAAGUCUAUUUGGAGAAAUGUUACUAUACAACAAUGUAUGAAUGUGAAGUCGAUCCUUAAUAACUUUAAAGAUUUGCUGUCAGAAGCUCUCAAAGGGACCCUAACGAAUGAAAAAAUCGCUACUUUCAACAAUUUAGCAUAUAAAAAUGUAACUAAGAGUCGAUUAAAAAAGAGACUCGAUGAGCGUACAAUAAAAAAUAUUGCUCAAAUGGAAGCCAUAGAGGAACGUUUACAAGCAUUAAUCAAAUCAAUUGAUUUCGACGAACUAGAUCAAAAUGAAUCCGAAGAAAAUAAAUCCACUUUUACUUGCACGCUGACAACAGAUAAUUAUAUUGAGGCUAUGCGUGAAGGAGAAUGCAUGUGUCUUGCUCUUGACAUUGCACGUCCAGAAGCAGCUAUCGCUGAUCCGACUCAGCUCAAAAUUAAGACAAUCAAUCAAACAUUUCUUACCUCGGAUGCUUUCAUGACUUCGGUUGGACAUGCACUUGAAGAGAAUACCGAAGAGAAUGUGCAUGGGGGAUUUCAAGGUCCUUCGUUUGGUGCGAGUGUAAUUAAAGGCAUCGCAAGAGAAGAUAUCACAGGAAUCCUGCCGCUAUACAUCAAUGAAAAGCAUUGGCAGAUAGCAAAAGAAAGAAUUAAGCCCAUUUUGGGCUAUAUGACCACUCUGGACGUGUUUGGGUAUUCUUAUGCUCAACUCACGACGAUUCCAUUCCUUAUCUUGGGGAAAGCAUUCACAGACACAUCAAUGGAUUUUCGUCGAGUCCAAUUCAAACUGAUCCUAGAAACUUGUGAUGCAAUCUACAAGCAAGCCACAAACCUUCGCGAAGAAAACAAGGUUCUCUUUGAAAAAUACACGAAGUCGCCCCUAAAUCGAACCAUUGAUAGUGUCGCGAAUCACGAAGUCUUGUUCGGUCAUUUACUUUGUGCUGUACGAUGUGGAGAUGUUUCGUUAGCUCAGGUGCAUUCUUAUAUACAAUCGGGCAUGAUAAAAUAUGCCGUCGAAGAGACCAUUCGACGAAGACUUAAUCGAAAUAUUGGCAACCUUGAGGAACAGCUGAAUAAUACCCAGAUGUUAUUAGGAAUUGAUCAGAAAGAAUAUUUCGACGAACCUAUUCAUGAAUUCUCAAAGGCGUAUGCUAUCUAUGUCAAAGAGGUGAAAGAUUCAAAGAAGUCGGUUAAUGAUCGGUAUUCUAGUGCAUUUUUAGCCGAAUUAGCUUUAACUAAUAAUACUGAUCAAAUGGAAGUCGAAUCCAACUACAAUAAAUCAGAGCAAGAUGCAAACCGAAUGGAUGUAGAUGAAAUUAUUGCACCAACGGUCAAGACAAAACCUUAUGAUUCAUCGAAAUUCAAAGUGAUUCCGACAAGCAUUCAAGUAUUGAACAAGAUAAAAAAUAUCAUGUCAGAAAGUGUGGAAAUUAUUCUCCGCUAUCGAACAAUAUUCGAAUGGGCAAUCCGAGCAAACUCGGUUAACUUUCUGAAUUUUCCCGAAUUCAAUAAAUUUGUCCCCGAGAAGACGCCAUACACUGAUAAUUUCUUUAAACGGUUUUCGCCCAAAGUUCAAUUAGCAACAAUCCUUCAGGCAUACAUUCACCGACAAAACUCUACGAGACGUGAAGCUGCUGAAGGAUCCACACCCACCAUCGUAUUCUUUGAGCCAUUUUCAGAAACGACCGCCGACAACAUUCUGUCAAUUCAGUUUGACGAGUGUGUUUCAAGUACUUUGAAGCGUAGCGCGUCAGAAAUUAUUGCUUCAUAUACAAAGCAGGCAAAUAAUGCUGUUGGUUUUGAUUUUUGGGAGGCGACGUCUCCUGAAGAAGCUGCGGGAUUAUUAAUCCUUGAUGUGAAAUGUCGUGGAACAAAAAUAUACGCGCAGAUAAUUAAAGCUUUCCAGAAACCGCAUAUGCCAUUGGCACGAGAGAAGCUUGAGAUGAUGGUAUCUGGUUCUUGGAAGGGUGUCCGAUUAUUUAAGGACAUGUUCACUAAAUUACCUGAAAAGGCUGUUUGGAUUCCCUCUCGACAAAAUUUGUAUAGGACAUUAACAGCGCAAAAAGAGAGUGUGCCUGAUGUCAGGUUCUGGACCACGUUAAUACCAAGUGCUAAAACUUAUAUUGAGCAUCAAUUUGAUCAGGAAUAUUUGACUCGUCGACGUCGUGAAAAGUGGCAGCUUAGAGAACAGAAACGUGGACAUGAACUCAACUGA